CGUCUUCUUCUGAGUGAGCCUGCAGAUCGCCUCAGUCUGCGAGGAGAGAGCUGGUGAUUAUUGUCGGCCAUGUCGCAGCGCUCAGGUGAUAUCGAGAUGCAUGUCGAGACCAGCGCAUACCAGUCAUAUUCAGGGAACCAAACCGAAGUGUUUGGGCCAGAUUAUACCGCAAACUCAAAAAGACACCUGCACCUGGCCUUCCUCAACCUCGGCCUGCUCUGUAUGCUCCAAGCUCUCCUCAACAUCACUCUUAGGGUCCACCUGAACGGGCCCAGAGACUCCCCAGAGACGGCCUUCCCAAACCUGACCUGUGAGUCAGGUGGAUGGGGAUUUAAUAAAGACAGGCCAACAUGGUGUCACACAAGCUGGCAGAUGUUCAGCAGCGGUAGCUACUACGUCUCCAGAGUGCGGGGGAGCUGGAACACGGGCCGCACGGACUGCCUGGAGCGCGGGGCUCAGCUUGUCAUCGUCAACGACAAAGAGGAACUGGCCAUUGUGACGAGGCUGGCCAGAGAUCCCACAGCAGCGUGGAUCGGGAUGACUGACCUGAGGAAGGAGGGCUCGUGGCGCUGGUUGGAUGGAACAUUAGUUACCCUCGACAGACACUACUGGGCCCCGGGGCAGCCCGACAACGCGGGCGGGGAGGACUGUGGAGAGAUCCACGCUUUGGCUAACUUCAGCGGCUUCAACGACUACGACUGCUCCAUCCGGCUGAGGUGGAUCUGUGAGAAAAUACCCACGCCCCCGGAGUUCAGGGUGCUGGAGCGGAACGGAGCUUAAAUCUGGAUUGCUAUUGACAUGCAGAACAUGCCAAAGGCAUCAAGCCAUGUAGGAGUGUAGGAAGAGAGUUAUUGGUGUGGAAAUGAGCUGCAACACGGCAAAAGAACCAAUUUGUUGUUUCCCUUUACAUAAAUAAAGACAUUUUCACAAUCAA